CACCGCUUCAAGGAUGAGGUCCCUUCGGAAAUCAGAUUAGGGUCGGCGCUGCAUGCUGGGAAUAAAAGACCCAAAAUAGGAUUGGCUGAGAUUUUUCCCGGCACCGCCGUCCUCGUAGGCUGGCCCGUGGAAGAAGGGAGGGGACGCUGCGCACUUCCUGUAGACGCCUGCAAGCAACGGCCUCGGCGCGUCUCCGCCUCACCAGGAAACUACUAAAGUUCCUGUGGACGCAAAGUAGAGUUUCAUAAGAGCAUAAUGGAUGGAGAAGAGAAAACCUAUGGUGGCUGUGAGGGCCCUGAUGCCAUGUAUGUCAAAUUGAUAUCUUCAGAUGGUCAUGAGUUUAUUGUAAAGAGAGAACAUGCGCUAACAUCAGGAACAAUAAAAGCCAUGUUGAGUGGCCCAGGUCAGUUUGCUGAGAAUGAAACUAAUGAAGUCAAUUUUAGAGAGAUCCCUUCACAUGUGCUAUCGAAAGUAUGCAUGUAUUUUACCUACAAGGUUCGCUACACUAACAGCUCCACGGAGAUUCCCGAAUUCCCAAUUGCACCUGAAAUUGCACUGGAACUGCUGAUGGCUGCAAACUUCCUAGAUUGUUAAAUAAAAUAAAUUAUAAUAAACUGUUAACUCUUUUCAGUAUUUAAUACCUGUAGUUCACUUAGUAAUUUUUUCAUAUAUAGCAUGUUGCCUAUGUGCAGUUGAACUUUAAAGUUCAUUGCAAAGCAGAUUAUCUUCUGUUCUUUUGCAUAGCGAUCGGAGUUGAAGUUUGUUUGCUAUAUCAACAAAUUAAGGACAUUUUCACAAAUUGAGAAAUAAAGAAAUAUACCAAUUCGUAGGUGGUUUUGCCUUAUCCUUUGGAUGUGAUUUUUUUAAAUUAGAGAAGUGAUGAUACAGUAAAUGCUGAAAUUUAGGCAUAAAUUGAACACGUUCUACAGGUAAAUAACGGGGCUUCGUAUUUUUAUGUUUUUAGUGUUUUUUUUAAAAAAACCUGUUCUGAUCUUAUAGCUGUCAUUAGCAUUACUAGAGUUAUGCAAUUGCAUAUAAUUGCAUUAUAAACAUGUUUAUAACUUAGCCAAAAUAUUGAUUUUUAUAACUAUCAAAGACAUGAGAGUUGAAAUUUCUUAUGUGUCUUUUGAUAAACUGCAGUAUUGUUUUAAGUGUAUCUUGUCUUUUUGUUUAUUGCUACAAUUUAAGAACUUUAUUUAAGAUCAGUUUUGAAAGAAUACUAGGUACAGCUUUUGGAGCAGGGACGUUUUGAACUGUAGCCACAUGGUCAACAAGUAAAUUACACGUGCAUUUGGUUUCAUGUACAUUGUGCAUUUCGGCCAAUCCAAAGUACUGUACUUCCAUUGACUAUAAAGUUUCCUUUGCAAUAUUCGUUCUUACAUAGUCCCUUGUAGGUACACAUCUCAUUAUUUAAAUAAGAACAAGACUUCUCUGAACUAUUUUAGUCUUCCUGCACUCAGCUGAAAUGCUCUAAAAUACUAAAACCUGAAGAGGUGCAGUGCAGAUCUUAUAAUGCGCUUUGAUACAGUUUAUCAUCUUCUGUUAACGCAUUUCCCAGCAGACAGGAUGUCAUAGUCUGGGUCUCUUGCUGAAGUCAAACUUUAAAAAGAGGUCUUUCAGCUUCUAUACUAAGACAACAAAAAUUUUUUUUAAGAACUAUAAGAGUGUCUCUGCUUAGUCAUGGGGAAAGAAGCACUAGAGUUGGAUUUACUAUACUCUUUAUCUUAGUAGCAAAACAAAGCUGUUUACUACAGGGUCUAUAAAUUAAAAUCUCAGCUUCUUUGAGACUGGUUUAAUAUGGACCAGUUUUUCUAGAACCUGCAAAGACCGUAAACAACCAAGAUCUAGAAAAGUAAUUUUUCCACUUAGAAGACCUAACGUACUUUCCAGCUUAUUGAAAGCAAUUAAAUAUAAAUGUUAAUUGCAUAUAUUUUAGUAACUUCUGAAGACAUACUGGUACAUAUUUUAGUAUAGAAGAUUAUCAAGUACAAGAAUUAUAUUCUGCUGCUUGGUGACGAAUAAUGCCAAUUAUAAACCUAAGUGAUGAUCUUAAAGGUCAAGGUAAUAGCUAGAAUAAAGUUUAACUUUGACCCACUUUAGUAGGUUAUUUUGUAUGUUAGAUCCAGAAGUAACCUCAAGUUUAAAAUAUUGAAAAAGAACUGAAAGAUUAGGAAAACUGUAUCUUGUGGCAAAUGAUACUUGCAUGUUAAUAAAGAUUAUUGACUGAAAGGUUUAAUGAA